AUGUCAAAUCCACAACAAUUUCAAUGCCGCAUGUAUGAGGCAAAAUACCCUGAGGUUGACGACCUCGUUAUGGUCAACGUUCGUCAGAUCGCUGAAAUGGGUGCCUAUGUUAAAUUGCUGGAAUACGAUAACAUUGAGGGUAUGAUUCUUUUAUCUGAGCUGUCUAGAAGGCGUAUUCGUAGUAUACAAAAGUUAAUUAGGGUUGGAAGAAACGAAGUGGUAGUCGUUUUAAGAGUUGAUAAAGAAAAGGGUUAUAUCGACCUGUCAAAACGUCGGGUUUCGCCUGAGGAUGUUGCGAAAGCUGAAGAGAAGUUUAAUAAAUCUAAAGCAGUUCAUAGCAUAAUGCGUCAUGUUGCUGAAAAGCAAAAUCUUGUUCUCGAGAAUCUGUACAAACAAAUUGGAUGGCCAUUAUACAAAAAAUAUGGCCAUGCAUAUGAAGCGUUUAAAUUGGCGAUCACCGAACCAGAAAAGAUUUUUGAAGGAAUCGAUAUAUCUAAAGAAAUCAGUGAUGAAUUACUAAAUAAUAUUAAACGAAGAUUAACUCCACAGCCAAAUAAAAUUCGAGCUGAUAUCGAGGUAACUUGCUUUGGUUAUGAUGGUAUCGAUGCCAUCAGAUCGGCCCUUAGAGCUGGUGAAGCAUGUGAGACCGACGAUAUGUCAAUUAAGGUUAAAUUAGUCGCCCCACCAUUAUAUGUCAUGAUCACCAAUGCAUUGGAUAAAAAUCUAGGAAUUGAAAUGCUAGAAAAAGCCAUUCUUACAAUACAACAAACUAUUGAGAAAUCUGGCGGAAACCUUUCAAUCAAAAUGAAGCCGAAAGCUGUGAGUGAAGCUGAUGAUAAAGAACUUGCCGUACUUAUGGCUAAUGCUGAAAGAGAUAAUGCUGAAGUUUCGGGUGAUGAGGAGAUUGACUAA